AUGGCGGAGUGUACAGACAGCCCAGACCCGCCGCCCAGGCGCACUCUCUCUUCAUUCUCCGAAAGGAGCGAAGAAGAAGACCUCCCGGAAGGCCAAACUUCCCUGCUGUCGCCAGCGCCAGCGUCGUCAGGCUGGCGAGUCAUCGCUUGUGCAUGUUUAGUCGUCUCUCUAGGCACUCUGAACCAAAUUGCGGGAAAAAUUCGCUCAAAGCCUCUAGGCCCCUUCGACUACUUUGUGUCGCUGUGCAACGCCAUCCUCUACUGCACAGUGUACACACUGGCUCUGGUCGUGGCCUACCGCUGGAACAUCGUUCCCCGCGAGAACCUCUCCUUUGUCUGGCCUUCUCUGUUUCCGCUCUCUCCUGGUCGCCCCUCUCCGCAUGCGGCCGCGUCUCGCUCCGAGUCUUCGCCCCCGUCUCCUUCGCUCUUGCCUGAGCGUUCCUCCUCUCAUUCCCCUUCCGUCCAUUCCCCUUCCGUGCAUUCGCCUUCCGUCCAUUCGCUGACGCCUGGUUCCUCUCCAGCCCAUUCUUCGCGUUCGGCCGUGUGGCCUUCGUCGUUCGCGUCUCCGCUUCUUUCCCGCCGCCCUGCGCCUCCAGCCUCGAAUCACUUGCAGUCUUCUUCCCCUUCUUCUCGCGUCUCUUCCUCUCAGGCUUCCUCCUUCGGCGCGUGGCGGUUUUUCGUGUUGACGGGUUUGUGCGACGCAUGCGGCAACGUCUUGGGUUUUAUCGCGCAGCCGUAUGUCCCGGGGCCUCUCUUUUCUCUCGCAACGCAAGUUGUCGUCCCGUUUUCGUGUCUCUGCUCCCUAGUGCUGCUGCGGAGGCGCUACUCGUGCCCGCAGCUGGCCGCCCUCCUCCUCGUCUCUGCAGGCUUCUUCGUCGCCUGGUACCCCCUCGUCGCCUCGCCGAAGCGGCUGAUCCACUUUUCUUCUCUCGCCAGAAACGAGACUUCUGUCUCAACCCCGCUGCCCAGCCGCCCCUUGCUGUGGCCUUUCGAACUCGAGCGCGGAGACAGAACGCGGGCGACUGUCUCCGCUGUCUCGCUGGAUCUCGAGGCGCGGCGCGCAAGGCGGAGGGAGAGCGCAGGCGAGCGCACCGAGGGCGGGGAGGCGACCAGCAGCCGAGAGGAGAGACAGACUCAGCGAGAAAACCGAGGCCGUGCGAGGGUUGCAGAGGUGCACGCCGAUGGCGAAGGCGCUGACGGAACUCAGAGCCUUUCGACAGACGGUGGAAAGGCAGAGAGAAAUGCGGAGCCAUCAGCGGUCGGAGACGUCAGGGAGGCGGGAGGGAGGAACGAUGUCCCUGAACCGGGUUCUGCGGAAACUCCAGGGAACUCGGGGGAAGAUUUUUUUCUGCAGUGCCGCGAAGACGGGCGGUCGUGUCUCUUCUUUCCGCAGUCUCCGUUUCCUCUUUUUGAAAACGUCCCGUAUGAUCCGUCGGUCUUUGUUCCCCUCUUCGAGGAAGACGCUGUCGACAGGUCUUGCCCUUCCGCGGCCGCUUCUUCCGUCUCCUCUGCGUCUUCGUCCGCUCCUUCCCUGGCCGUCUCUCCGUCUCCGACCCUGAAGACUGUCUCUGAACCCGCAACUCCUCCCCGAGUCUCUCGCGGGCCAGGCGACAGCAGCCGGUCGCGUCUCUUUACGCACCUGCGGCCGGACGCAGCGAGAGACUCCCCAGUCAGAGAGAACAAGGCUAACGAAGGAGAACAAGAAUCCGGGGUAGAGACCCAGAGGAAAGCGGCAGACGGACGAGAAGGGCGCAAAGAGAAGGCGCGACUGGAAUGGCGGGGAGAGGUGAACUCGAGGCUUCCGCGUGGGCCGAUAGACGGCCGUAUGGAUCUGAGCUCCGUCGCGUCGGGCGACGCGAAACGCGCUUCUUUCGCGGUGCACGGUGCCAAAAGCGAAACCAGCGCGUCUGAGGCACAGACGCCGCGCGCCUUUUCCGGUGGUCUUUCUCUUUCGGCGCCGUCCCAUUCUUCGGCGGCUUCUCCAUCUGUCCCUCUCUCCGCGUUUUCUCCGCCCUUUGAGUCGGAAGAGAGAAAGCGGGCGGAUCCGGUGGCGGGUGCAAAGCCCGCGGAGGUCGACAGCAGUUCCGUGGUGUGGCUCUACAUGCUCCUCGUGGCCUUGUCCACGCUUCCCACCGCUCUGAGUUUUGCCGUGAAAGAGAAACUUAUGCGAGAGUAUGAAGAGCAGCAGAGACCGCUCGACGGCGACUCGGCAGGGAUUCUUUGCAUAUCCGAGUCGGGAGGUCUUCAGACGGUGCGUGCGAUCGGAUCCGCCUCGCUUGUCUCCUCGGGAGACGAAGGCGAUGAGUCAGAAGAUGUUGCGAGCGACGAAAGGCUCGAGAGGCGGCAGGCAGAACGGGAGCGGCGGCAGACGGCGACGGCGAGGCGCAGCAGCGCAAGAGGAGACGGGAAGGCAAGGGACGGAGAGGAAACAGACUCUGGAUAUUCAAGGGGCGAGGUAGGUGGGGCGGGGGUUCGCGUUCCCGCCGGACUGCGAAUCCAGCACAGCGGCGCAAAAGACCAGGAGGAAGAAAGACAAAGAAUGAGAGAGACGAGCCAGCGAAGAUCCGGCCGAAGUUUUCGCCCAGUCUCUGGUCUCCUCUGCGCUCCCCUUCCUUGCGCAUUCUCCGCCGAUCCUCUGCAGCCCGGAGAGAACGCGCGGACAGACCAGCAACGCAACGAAGGAGCGCGUCGAGGAAGCCCCGACCAUUCGAAGGGGUGUAGUGGAGCGGUUGAGAGGGGUGUGAGGCCAAGAGACACAAGCGAAAAGCAAGGAGAGUUCUUCUCUCAGGUCGAACAGCCAGGGGCAUCCUCGACCGCGCUCCCUCUCGGGCGCAGCAGGUCCGGGUUUUCCGUCGAGCAAGAACAAGAGGAAAGUCGAAAUGCCGCUCGUUCUCUCGCAGACUGCAACGCCCCUUCGAACGAAAAACAGAAACUUCACAUUCUCGUCAUAUGCGCCCACGGAUCGUUCUUCCAGCUCGUUUGGGUUCUUCUCUCGAUUCCACUCAGUGUCUUUGUAGGACAGGCUGGCAAUGAUUCGUUGACUACGUAUCUCUCGCAUGCAUUCCGCUGCUUCAUGAACGAGGCCGACGGCCUCCCUCCGCCGCUUUGUCGGUUUGCCCUACAGGCGUACUGUGGUUAUGCCAGUGUCAACAUCUUGUUCAAUGUCUCCCUCAUUGGCUUUGUCAGCACAGCCUCGUCGUUGUUGACGUUCAUCUGCAUGAAGGCAACUCUGCCUCUCUCCAUCAUCCUUUACGCCACAUUCUCGUGGCCUCUCCUCGACUCUCAGGACGUGCGCGUCACAAGUGAAACCACUGCGCUGAUCGUUUCCGGUGGGUACCUUCCCUGCCUUACAGUGCGGGAGUUCUCUCUGACAACACGGGGAUAA